AUGAGCUUCUCAGCAGCCGUGCAAUGGUGGGAGGACUGGCAGCUGCGGCUGCUUGUCCUGGCCAGCCUCUUCUUCCAGUACUUCCUCUUCGCCGCCGCCAUCGUCCGCAAGCUCCGCGUCCCGCACUGGUUCAGGGCCCUCAUCUGGCUGGCCUACCAGGGCGGCGACGUCGUGGCGGUCUACGCCCUGGCCACCCUCUUCAACCAGCACAAGGAGGAGGCGCUGGCCAGGUACCACCUGGACACGCUGUGGGCGCCCGUCCUGCUGCUGCACCUCGGCGGCCAGGACGGCAUUACAGCCUACAGCAUCGAGGACAACGAGAACUGGAGACGCUACCUUUUGCUUGCGGUGUGUCAGAUCACCGUAGCCAUCUACGUUUUCCGCAAGUCAUGGUGGUCAGGCGACAUGAUCCUGCUGCGAGCAGCGAUCCUGCUCUUCGUCCCCGGGAUCCUCAAGUGCCUGGAGAAGCCAUGGGCUCUCAAGAACGCGACGGUGACGAGCAUCAUGAACUCCUCCGAUCCACGGCUGGACCGAACGCUCGAGGAAGACGACGGGGUGCAGAAGGACAUCUACUCGCAGGAGGACUACGUGCAGGCCGCAGCCGAGUGCGUCGCCACGUUGGAGUCCAAGCCUCUGGAGCUCUUCGAGGACGAGGUGGCCGACCAGCCGUACCACCUCCUCGUGGACCUCGGCCACCCCUACUCCGUCCGGCUUAGCAACCUGCGGCUCGUGGCGCCGCGCACCGCGAGAGCCGACGUGCACGGCCUAGUGCGCUCGUCGCUCUCCAAGGCGUUCGAUCGCCUCUACACCAAGCACAAGGCGAGCUUCGGCGGCCUGCUGCGCGCCGCCGUGGUGCUGCUGACGUUCGUGGACAUCGGGCUGUUCCAGAGGAGCCACCGUGGCGUGUACGACCGCGCCGACGUCGUCGUCACCUACGUCCUGCUCUGCUGCACCGCCGCGCUGGAGUUCGUCUCGGCGUGCCUGGUGCUGGGGUCGGGCCUGCCGAAGCCCGACGACCAGCUCGCGCAGUACAACCUCUUCGGCUACCUCGCCCGCGGCGAGAAGCACCCGCGGUUCUCGGCGCUGGCGCGCCUUCUGGGGGCCAGGCUCCAGCUGGACCGGCUCUGGUGCACGUCGCCGCCCGAGCCCUCCCUCGGCAUCACCAGGCUCGUCUACGACCACGUCGCCGCUGGGUGGAAGGAUUACAUAUGGAAGUCUUUGUACGAGCGCGACGCCGCCACCGGCGGAUGGAAGCGGAAGCCAACUCUAACUGACGGUGUGAGAGCCUACCGGCUGUUCAACGACAGCCGCGGCCAGCGGACACUGGAGAGGGAGGGAUGCGUCGGCCGGAGCGCCAUCGAGGAGAGCCUGCGGAUGCCCUUCAACGAGAGCGUCCUGCUCUGGCACCUCGCCACGGAGUUCUGCUACUUCGACCACGUGGACACCGGCAACGACGCCACCCGCCACAGCAGGAUGGUGUCCAACUACAUGGCCUACCUGCUGUUCGUCGAGCCGGAGAUGCUGAUCCCCGGCGCCAGGAGCAAGCUCUUCAGGGCAACCUACCACGAGCUCAGGAAAAUGCUCAAGCCGCCGCCGGAGGAUGAGGAAGCGAUAGAGCUCGAGCCAACGGAGAAGAAGGCGCCUCCACCAAGGGCCAAGAACGAGAUGGUGCGGAAGGUGAUCCAGAAGGUGAAGAGCACCAUCGGUCUUGGUUCCGAAGAUCUUGUCCAUAAAGCCUGGGCGGUCGCCCACGAGCUCAUGGAAUUUGCCGAGGAGAAGAAAUGGGAGUUCAUCGAUGAGAGGAAGGAGGUCAUGAGGGCCCUGCUCUGUGCCAAGAAGAAGGCAGACGAAUUCAUCGACGUCAAAAACAAGAAGAGAGACGAAGUUUGGAACAAGCUCAUGGAGGUCAUGGGUUCUGCCCAGAAGAAGGCAGACGAAUUCAUCAUCAAAAGCAACAAGGCAGAGGAAGCGAUGGAGGGCAAGUCGAUUCUCGUGAAGGUCAUGAAGGAGGCCAAGGAGACGGCAGAGUUGUUUAUCAAAGAGAAGCAAACCAAGGACCAGGAGAGGAUCACGGAGCUCCUGCAAUGUGCAAAGAACAAGGCAGAGGAGUUCAUCAAGAUCGAGGAAGAGAAAACCAAGGCGGAGGUCGUGAGUUGCAUGCGCACCGAGCAAGAGGAAGAGGAGAAGAAGGUGGUCACGGUCAAGGAAUUCUCCAAGAAUGCAGGGGAGGUCAUCCAGCUGCUCAUGGAUGGCAGGACAGAGGCCAAGGUGAAGGCAGAGGAGUUUAUCAACGGGGCAAACAAGUUCAUCAACGGGGCAAACAAGUUCAUCAACGAGGAGAAAAAGAAGAAGCAAACCAACGAGGAGGAGAAGAUCACAUACCUCUUGGAAUCUGCCAAGAAGGCGGCAGAGGAGUUCGUCAACAACGAGGAAAAGAUGGCGGCGGAGGCAAGAUGGAAGGAAGAGGAGAAGUCGGUGCUCGCGGCCAAGGAAUUCUCCAAGCAAGCAGGGGAGGCCAUCAAGCUGGUGGACGAGGAGAAUCAGAAGCUCGCGGAGCUCGUGGAUAGGAAUCUUAUAACCAAGAAUGAGGGGCUGCUCAUGAUUCGAGCAAGAGAGCACGCAGAUGACAAGAUGUGGGCGGUGAUCCAGGGAGUGUGGGUGGAGAUGCUCUGCUUCUCCGCCGGCAGGUGCCGAGGGUACCUGCACGCCAAGAGCCUGGGCAACGGCGGCGAGUACCUCUCCUACGUCUGGCUCCUCCUGUCCUACAUGGGGAUGGAGACCAUGCCGGAGAAGAUGCAGAGGCCGGAGUCGCCCACGGUUGGGGACACCGGAGAUCUGGUAAAGGCACCCACGGAUGAGGAUGAGAUGGAAGAAGAACCGGCACAGGUAAGAAGAAGAACCGCCGCCCCGACGCCACAGCCAAGACAUGACGCCGGAGCGGCACAGGAACAGCAGCGUCUGGUGGCGACGCCCAUGCCAGCGAAAUCGGCCACUGCGGUGGUGCCCGUUGGUGAUGACAUCGUUUGA